GAGUUAACAUGUCUACCUAAUAAUGUGAUUGAAUGAGAUACCACCUAACCUUGGAGAAAUAUGGAGCGAGUACAUGUACAUAUUUGACUAAAUUAUCACUAUCUGAAAACAAGUUGAAAGCAUUACCACCUUUGGUUGCAUUGGAGAGGAUUACUGAGAUUGAUGUAAGUCAAAAGUCUCCAAACCAAUUGAAUGAAUUCCCAAUCAUUAGACCAGGAAACACAUUUAAGUCUCUAUUAUUAUCAUUUAAUAAGAUUCAGACAUUACAAGAUGAUAGACUUACCCACUUGUCUUCUCUCACUAUAUUAACUCUGAGAGAGAAUAAACUAACAAUGCUACCGGACUCGAUUGUCCAGUUAAGCAAGUUAAAGAGACUGGAUUUAACUAAUAAUGAUUUAUCAAGUCUUCCCUACAUGUUGGGAAGGUUUGAGUCUCUUCAUUCUCUUCUCUUGGAUGGUAAUCCUCUCAAAUCAAUCAGACGUGACAUCCUCCAGAAAGGAACGGUUGAGCUCCUCAAGUAUCUCCGCUCUCGUAUUAAAGAACCAGAAGAACACGUCUCACCACCAACCUCUCCCUCAUCCCUCAAGAUCCCCUCAUCAUCAUAUAAGGAAGGAUCGUUGUUGGGGACAUGGCCAGAAAGAAAGUUGUGUUGAUGAAAGUUAAUUUGACUGAGCUACCUGCUGAGUAAGAACAGCAGUUUUAAUUAUUAUUAUAAUAGUUAAUAUGCACAUGUACUUUAAUGUAUUCAGGGUUUCCCACAAAGCAUGCCAAGUGAGCUAAACAGCAUGAGCUUCAUGAGCUGACAAGCACUACAAUAGAGUACAUGGCUGAUUUAGAGCAAUAGCAACUUUAAAAAUUCAUAAAAAAUUCAAUUUUGAUCAAAUCAACUCAAACUUGCUACACAACAUAAGAACAUGUACAUGUAUCAAAAAAUUAUAAAAAUGGAAUUUCUUUUGUAUCGAUUUUUUACUAAUGUCCCUGUACUAUCAUCUUGGUCCAAAAUUUUAGACAAUUUUAAAAUGCAUUGACAAGAAGUUGGGCACUGUGCCAAAUUCUGUGGGAAACUCUGCACUUAAAUGUACAUUACAUGUACAUGUACAUGUCUCUCCUCUAUUUUGAAUUUUUUAAUUCGUUAUAUUUCUGUUUUCUCUCUCUCAAAUAUAAAUAAGUUCUUAAAUGAUCUACCUUCAUCUCUUUCCUCUUGCUCCAGUUUAUGUUCUCUCAUUAUUAUCAUUCAAUCGUUUAUCCACAUGGUAUUUUUCAUCAAAAAGGGCAAGUCAUGCUACUUCUCAUGAUGUCAUUCCAUUCUUUCUCUCUUGAUCCUCUCCUUCUACUUUCUAUAGAAGAAUUACUCUAACGACUAGAUCAGUAGUAUUGCUGAGGAAAAUGCAUGACUGUUGCUAUGACAAUUGUACAUGUACAUGUACAUCCAUAAAAAUACUCAAGAAUAAUUUGAGAUUUUUCUUUCUUUUGUAUUGUCCUGUUAUAUUUGUAAUUUUUGAAAAGCAAUUGCUUUGACAACUAUAAAAAUUAAUGAGCAAAACAACAAAAAUAGAAUCUGAAUGCAUAGACAAUUAAGCAUCACAAAGUU